CAAGGCUUUAAAUAUGGCUCGAGUCUUUCAUUCCCCUUCACAUUCUGCCCUGUAGUCUUCUGGAUCGCUUUGCUGUUUGGUUGCCGUGGUUUCGAGAGCAUCCAAAAAUGGCGAGUGCCCUGGAAAAGGCCCUGGACGUGAUGAUUUCAACUUUCCACCUCUACUCCGGCAAGGAAGGGGACAAAUUCAAGCUCAACAAGGCGGAGCUGAAGGAGUUGCUUCUGAAAGAGCUGCCUGGAUUCGUCGGCAAAAAGAAGGACGAGGCGAGUUUCCAGAGGAUCAUGAGCAACCUCGACAACAAUAAGGACAAUGAGGUCGAUUUCCAAGAAUACGCCGUCUUCCUGGCCUGCGUCGCCAUGAUGUGCAACGAUUUCUUCCAAGGCUGCCCCGACAAGAUGCCCCGAAGCAAGUGAUUGGGGGGCGGGCGGGAGCAGCAAGUGUCAGUGCAGGCAGGAGAAUCAAGAUCUCCGCUGCACGGGGUCUCUCCUCCCCCCACAUGGGUCCCGUCUGUAAAGCUCGUCUGAUUUGUAGCAUGGGGAUUAUUAAUCGCCCCUUCCUGCUUCCACAAUAAAUUUUGCUUUCAAACAGGA